AUGAGGAAAAACCACACACCAGUGACCAGUGUGACAGAGCUUUUAAUACAUGCCCUGGAAAGUCACCAACACAUCCACAGUGGAGAGAAACCAUACACCUGUGACCAAUGUGGGAAAUUUUUCAUCCAGUUAUUGAGCCUAAAAUGCCACCAACGCAUCCACAGUGGAGAGAAACCGUACACCUGUGACCAAUGUGGGAAAUCUUUCAGCCAUUUAUCAAGCCUAAAAUACCACCAACGCAUCCACAGUGGAGAGAAACCGUACACCUGUGACCAGUGUGGGAAAUCUUUCAGCCAUUUAUCAAGCCUAAAAUACCACCAACGCAUCCACAGUGGAGAGAAACCGUACACCUGUGACCAGUGUGGGAAAUCUUUCAGCCAUUUAUCAAGCCUAAAAUACCACCAACGCAUCCACAGUGGAGAGAAACCGUACACCUGUGACCAGUGUGGGAAAUCUUUCAGCCAUUUAUCAAGCCUAAAAUACCACCAACGCAUCCACAGUGGAGAGAAACCGUACACCUGUGACCAAUGUGGGAAAUCUUUCAGCCGGUUUAAUACCCUUCAAAUUCACCAACGCAUCCACAGUGGAGAGAAACCAUACACCUGUGACCAAUGUGGGAAAUCUUUCAGCCGGUUAUCGAGCUUAAAACGCCACCAACUCAUCCACAGUGGAGAGAAACCAUACACCUGUGACCAGUGUGGGAAAUCUUUCAGCCAGUCAUCUGCCAGACAAAAACACCAACGCAUCCACAGUGGAGAGAAACUGUACACCUGUGACCAAUGUGGGAAAUCUUUCAGAUGGUUAUUGAGCCUAAAAGGCCACCAACGCAUCCACAGUGGAGAGAAACUGUACACCUGUGACCAAUGUGGGAAAUCU